AUGGCUCAUGCCGCAGGAUUUACCAAGGUGCCGGCCUGGCGUCUUCCCGGCCGAUCAUCGCCGCAGUCACCGCGCUCAGUGUGCCAGCGCCACCAGGCGAGGGCUGAUGCACCUUCCAUGGACGUUCCUCUGUCAUAUGCCUUGUGGCCAGUGGCAGUCCGCCUUUCGAGUACUCGAAAGGCUGUGAGAGGACAAGCAGCAGCGAAAAAGCAACUUGAACGCAAUCUGAAAAAGGCUCGUCAAGAAGGCGCCAAAGAAGCUGAAGGAGAGUUUCUAGAAGAGCUCCAGACCGCAGAGGACCUAGAGCAACUGGAUCUCGACAACUUGGACGAGGCAGACGAGGACACGGCUGACUUCGAGGAUCUGGAUGAAGCUGAGCUUGCCGCGACGGCGACGUCGCUUCAGGGCCGCACAUUCCUCCAGGAAGGCGACCUUGACCAAGAUCUUCGCAUGGCUGCGCAGAUUUUGCCUGAAGAUAGCAUCUUCGACAAGGACGGAAAGCGUCUGAGUCGCUCGGGAGUGGUCGAAGCUUUGCUACGCCAGCCAUCCAGGUCCUGGAAGUUUGGCGUGGAACGCGAGGCUUUGCCUCUCGAGGACCGGCCGAAUCCCGACGGUAGCUUCGUCGCCGCGCUUGCGCAUGGAUUAGAAAGUGUGGUGGAGCUGCGCGGGAGGCUCGUUCCCUUGGCUGCACUGCCUGCCGAGCAGCGCCGUGAUCUCCGACGAGUCGUGCAGCCAGAGGAGGUGAACUGGAAGGCCUUGCCACCAUUUGUGCCGGCACAUGAAGACAAGCGUCUGGAGGACUUGGCCUUGAGCAAUGACUGUCAGUACUUCUCCAGCACCUCUUCUCUGACAGGCCUUCUGUCUCGGUGCUACUUUGCGAUCUCACGGCACCGGGAGUUUGAUCCCAUUGGUCUCAGCCGAGCGUACCGUGAGAGGCCGACCACCUUCAGCCCUAGCACCCGCUGGCCGACGGCUUCGUAUCUACGGCGUGCAUCUGGCUCACUUUGGUCGCUGACUGCAGCGAAAGAUGACCCCGAGGACAGGAAUGUGCUGAUGGAUCUGGGAAAGUCCAUGGAGUAUCAGCUCACGAUGUCCAAAGAUGACUUCGUUGAGCGAUUCCUCAAGAGUGAGGGCGAUGUGCUGCCCGCAGAGCCCACUUCUGCCGAUCAACAAAAGGAAGACCUUGCCUACAGAUUCUUGAAGGCCGGACGAUUCAUGAUGCGGUCGCAACUAGAUGCCAUCUAUCAAGGCAAAGUGUUCGACGUCAAGACCCGCGCGGUCUUUGACGUCAGGCAUGAUGCCGCGCACUAUGAAAGGAAGAGGAAAUACCGCAUCACCAAGAUUUUCGGAAGUCGGCACAGCUACGAACUUGAGAUUUACGAAAUGAUGCGAAACGCAUUCAUGAAGUAUGGGCUCCAAGCGAAGAUUGGGCGCAUGGAUGGCGUCAUCGUUGCCUACCACAACACUGCCGAGAUUUUUGGUUUCCAAUACAUCCCGCUAGCAGAUAUGGAGCGUUGCAUUUACGGUGGUCAGGAGGCCGCCAACAUCGCCUUCGACUUGAGUGUCAAAGUAUUGCAGAUGCUUCUUGAUUUCUUGACGAAGGAUAGGAGUGCAGUCCAGAUGAUUGGGUGA